AUGUUGUUCAUAAAGGCAGAUGGAUCCAUUGAUUGCAUCUUUGCUAGAAUUGAAAUCCUUCAAUACUUUGACUCAGAUGAGCGAAGUAAAUAUGUAAUCAACAAGCAUAGUUUAGAGGCUUAUAAUACUCUUAAGUAUUAUCAAAUGGAAAUAAGCCCCCAAAAAGACAUCUUUGUGGAUGAUCUUCCUUCGAAUUUCAAACCUCAAGUUCAUGAAAUAAAAGAGGUUAUAUUUGAAAGAAAAAAAACAUAUGUAAAUUUCGAAAAAAAUGGUAAAAUUAUUAGAAGACUUAUUAAAUAUAGAAAGGAUGGAGGACCUUAUUGUCGAAAUCCCAACAAAAAAUCCAAAAAUAACAACAAUUUAUUAAGAACUACAGCUACAAAAUGUCAUAAAAAGGAUCACAUAUAUAAAAAUAGUUGCGAAAAAUGUUCUAUGAAACAAUUUUAA